UUUUCCAUGCUGCAAAGUUUUUGGAGGCAGGAAUGACAGUUUUAAGGAAUAAUGCCCCUCUUAAAAGACGUUGAAAAUCGGGUUAUGGAUCAGAAUCUGAUUAUUCUCGUCACGUUUCCCAAAUCAAUCGCGGUAAACUUACGGCGCUCACACGUUGAGUCCGAAAUAUCGUUUUGAGAAAUUGUUUAUGUGUUGCGCAUUCUAAUUAGAUUUUUAAUGUUUUGGAAAAAAUAUAUCGAGAUCAAAUCAAAGUCAAAACGUUUUAUUACGAGUAGAACUUUUAAGCGCUUUCAAAACAACAUUGAAAGUGAUUUUAGUUGCUUUAGAACCAAAGUCUAAGAUAUUAUUAUAGACACGGUAUUAAUUACAUCUAAUGUACCUUUAGGGCCCUCUAAUUAAUACAGUUGAUUUACUUUUGACUUAAACAGUAAGAUCAUACUUUGUUUUAAUAAUGUCUUUAAUAACGAUAAUUUUGAAGCCGUUCUAUUGUUCACAGAUGGCCGAUAAUCGAACCCGCAUUCAGCAGAAUGACCUGCUGUUACAUGAAGCUGUGAUCAAGAAUGAGCCGGCAGCCGUCCGCGAGGCGCUGCAGAGACCUACUGAUGUCAAUUGCCGAAAUAAUUACGGCAGAGCACCGAUCCAUUGGGCUGCAAGCAGGGGGAACGUGGAGAUAAUAAACUUACUCAUUGAGGCCAAGUGCGACAUAGAAGCCGCCGAUAAGUUCGGAAUGCGGCCGUUGUUGAUGGCUGCAUGGCACGGACACAUCGAUGCUGUGAAAACGUUAGUCGGUGCGGGGGCUUGCCUCGCUGCAACUAACAAGAAACAAAAUGAUCUACUCCAGUGCGCAUGCGCCCGCGGUUCUUUAGACGUGGCUGGGUACGCCAUUACCCUGGGUGCUAAGGUGCAAAGUUCGGAUGCAGCCGGCGAUGCGCCUCUAGCCCUGGCAUCUAGAGCCGGGCAUUCUUCAUUGGUAGAGCUGCUACUACAAAAAGGAGCCUACAUUGAUGCUGUCAAUAAGGUCGGUCGCACGGCUCUACACGUCGCCUGUGAAGGAGGCCACUCAGCAACUGCUGCGUUCCUGAUGUCGAAAGGUGCCUCAAAAGAGGCGAGAGAUAACUCCGGCCGGACCCCUCUACACCUGGCUGCAGUACACCGACACACGGAACUCGUUAGAGUCCUCCUUGACGCCGAGUGUCACGUGGACGCUGGGGACAACAAUGGAGUGACCGCUCUGCAAAUGGCUUGUGCCCAAGGCUGCCGCGGUAUCGUCGAACAUCUGCUUGCAUUUGGCGCGAACGUCCAUUUGCAAAACAAUGUGGGGUCUUCAGCUCUGCACGCGGCCUGCGCUGCCGAUGCUAACGACAUUGUGGAGCUGUUGCUCGCGCAUGGAGCGGACCCAGCACUCACUGAUCAGUGGUCCCAGUCCCCGCUGAGCGUGGCGGGCGGCGCGGCGGAGUCUCCUCCCGAAGGGUUCCGCAAAGCUGCGCGGGGCUCUUUCUCCGCCAUCCUGGACCUGCUCACAGCAACCGCCAAUCUUGAGGUGCCCCAGGAACAAGCUGAUGGUUCAACAUCACCGCGAGUCGAUGACAAAUCGCGAGGCCACUCUCCCGCCCCUAAUGAAGGCGUGGAGCACGAUAGCGAGAGGUGAUGGUCGGCCAGCACUCUACUCGAUCGGUUGGCGCAACGGGGUUUUGCAGCAGAUACUAGGCUUGCACUGCCACCCACAGGUAGUUUUUCACUUCAGACUAUCCUAAUUUUGUACCAAGAAAAAAUUCCAGGCGUGCGUGUAGAUAUGACACAACAAUGAUAUUGGCCUAACCAGCGGUCAAUACGAUAUUAUUAUUUUUUUCUGAAACAUUGCUUGUUCAUCAAGAUAUUUAUUUGUCCUAGCACGCAGGUUAAGGAGUACAUAUGUUACUAAACGAAUGUAAACUAUCCAAAAAAUGUUGAACAGUUGCUUUUUUUAGGUUGCGCCCGCUACCGCGAGCUAUGUUACCGGGCCGCGCACGCGCACCUUCCCGAGGACGCCGCCCCCCGGCCCUGCGACUGCGUCAACUGCACGGCCCGGCGACAUUCUGCUAACGCACCAUGAGACGCGGCCACAGUGGCCACCACGGCCGCUCUCACUCGCCCCAUAUCCGCGCUACCAUCUGUACUUACAAAGCGGAACUGAUCGUUGGUGCACAAGUGCUGUUUUAGUAUAAUUCCUUUACCAAGAUUUCAAUAUUUUUUAAAAAGAUGUUUAGUAUUUAGAUUUACCGAAUACAAGGCGUUCUUUAUUUCUAUUCAGAUUUUAAGUCUAGUAGUUUAUCCAUAAGGCAUCACUAGUUUCUCUUCAAAAUACGUAUUAUUACCACUUUUAUAAAAUUACAAUUACCAUAUUUAAGUCUCUACAAUACUUAAGGAUUGUGACUGGGUAACCGGUUGACAACAUUUGAAGUUAAUCACUCAAGUUAAAAUUUGUACACAAAGUUCUUUGCACAUUGUAAUUUAAUCAAUACAGUUACAAAUAUUCUUCAAGAAAAAUCCAUCACAAUGAUGUAUGAGAAUGGGACGAAGAAUACCUUUACCUAUUUAAUUGGUUAUUAAUUUUCUGAGGUUUUCAUAUAUUGCACGCAUUUGACCUGAUUCAGUUGUGAGCAGCAAAAUCUGUUCAAGGCCGUUAUGUAAACUAUAGAGCAAAGCAAGAGCAGUGUCCCCAAAAUUAUGGAAUUCGGGACGAUUUAGUACGGCCUACCAGAUGUAAGAUUAGUAUUAAAAUUUACCAUUACUUGUUUUCGAGGCUAUUACAAAAAAAGAAUAACAAGUCAAUUCCAGUAUUCCAGUAAGCGCUAUAGUAUUCUUUUGUAAAUAAUCGCUUUUGUCCUAGUGCCUUACCUGUCCGCUUAUCCCCAUUAUGCAAUCUUUUUGGCACCUUUAUAGGCAUCGACGCAAUGUAAGACAACUUCUUACAUUAAAAAUUGCACAUCCAAAGUCGCUUUUGUAAUUAAGGAAAGGACGCAAUAAGUGCGGUAAUAUUAAAAAUGAAAAAGUAAAAAAAAACAUGUUUCAU